AUGACAGGUACACGGAGUCGACUCGAUGAUACACUUGGGGAGGUCUUGGCGCGUCGAAAAACUCACGACAGGCUCAGAAAGCUGAGCAAUACUCCAACUAACUCUAUCGAUUUUUCAUCCAAUGGUUAUUUGUCUUUAUCGACAAACCCGGAAAUCCAGAAAUCAUUACUGUCUCGCUUACAGGCCGAAGUCGCAACCCCGGAAGACGGCAACGGAUCGCGCGAUUCGCGUAGGUCGCUCCUUGGCUCAGGAGGCUCUCGUCUCCUUGAUGGUAAUUCACCAUUUGCAGAGUCGCUUGAAGCUAAAAUUGCCUCUUUUCAUGGUGCAGAAGCCGCGCUUCUAUUCACUUCCGCUUAUGAUGCCAACACCGGAUUACUUGGUUCUGUCCCACAGCCCGGGGAUGUGAUUCUCUACGACGAGCUAAUUCAUGCGAGCGUUCAUGACGGAAUGCGUAUGAGCCGGGCCACUAGAAGGAUCCCAUUCGCGCAUAGUUCCAUAUCAGAGGCCCAGCGGGGACGAGUUUCCGGCACCAAGGAGAGCCGAGUGGCUAGCGGCAGUAAGAACUAUGGGCUCGAUCAUAUCCUGAGGGAAUUAAUGAGAGAUGAGCGUGUCACUAAUUGUCAAGCCAACGUUUUCAUUUGCGUAGAAGGGCUUUACAGCAUGGAUGGUGAUACUAUACUCUUGAAAGAAAUUGUUGAGACCGUUGAUCGAUACCUACCAUCUGGAAACGGAUACAUCAUAGUCGAUGAAGCGCACUCAGUAGGUGUGUUCGGCAAAGAUGGUCGUGGGUUAGUAUGCCAGCUCGGCUUAGAGAAUCGAAUAUGGGCGAGGGUACUUGGUUUUGGAAAAGCGAUGGGUUGUGCCGGAGGCGUUGUUCUAUGCUCUUCUAUUACUCGAUCGUACUUGAUAAACUAUGCCAGAAGUCUUAUAUAUACGACAUCGAUGACCUUUACGUCACUGGCUAGCAUAGAUGUUGUCUAUGAUUUUCUCAUGAGCGGACAGUCCGAACCAUUGCGACGACACUUGGAAACUCUCAUUUACUAUACGCGUCAUCAACUUCAUACUCUCUACACUCGGUUAAAACCAAAUCGACACACGCUUUAUGUUGAGCAAACAACUCUAAAGUCACCCAUUAUCCCGAUUCUAACCGCCUCCCCUCGUAGCCUCGCGGAACAUUGUCAACGGUUCGGCUUUAUGGUGCGUCCUAUCGUAAGCCCAACCGUGCCCAUAGGAAGCGAGCGAGUAAGAGUCUGCUUGCAUUAUUCUAACACCAAAGAGCAAGUUGAUGAACUAUGUGGCGUGAUUGAGCUGUGGGUAAAGGCUCAAAUGGCAGAGGUCCUUAAGGAUGAUACAGAGCCACAUAAGGAGGUUACGAAAAUUACAGGCGAAUUCACUCAGGGAGAUAAACCGCGGCUAUGA